ACAAACAACAGCUGCGCGUGAAGAAUUUUGCCGAGCCACAAGAGGUGAAUUAACUAAUUAUUAAUUGUUCCGCAAGUACAAAAAAAGUGGUUAGUUAAGUGCCGAGUGCUUUGGGAAUAGUUUUGGCUUAGAAAUCAACCCGAAAUUGCGGACGCAAAAGUCAUUGGGUAGCAACUUUGAGCGGCAUAUCGAACUCAGCGGCGGAAUUUUAUUAGUUUUUGUGAAGUAACCUUUUAAAAAAACAAAAAAACAAACAAAAUGUCGACAGUCGAUAAGGAAGAACUGGUCCAGAAGGCGAAACUCGCCGAGCAGUCAGAACGGUACGAUGACAUGGCCCAGGCCAUGAAAUCCGUCACAGAGACCGGCGUUGAGCUCUCAAAUGAGGAAAGAAAUCUGCUCUCCGUUGCCUACAAAAACGUGGUCGGUGCCCGCAGGUCAUCGUGGCGUGUCAUCUCCUCCAUUGAGCAGAAAACCGAAGCAUCCGCUAGAAAACAACAGCUCGCCCGUGAGUACAGAGAGCGUGUGGAGAAGGAGCUGAGGGAAAUCUGCUACGAAGUUUUGGGACUUCUGGACAAAUACCUUAUUCCAAAAGCCAGCAAUCCCGAGAGCAAGGUGUUCUACCUGAAGAUGAAGGGAGAUUAUUACAGGUAUUUAGCCGAGGUUGCCACAGGAGAUGCCCGCAACACCGUUGUCGAUGACUCGCAAACCGCUUACCAGGAUGCAUUUGACAUUAGCAAGGGUAAAAUGCAGCCAACACAUCCCAUCCGUUUGGGUCUGGCCCUCAACUUCUCAGUCUUCUACUAUGAGAUUUUGAACUCGCCAGACAAAGCUUGCCAAUUGGCUAAACAGGCGUUCGAUGAUGCGAUAGCCGAGCUGGACACACUCAACGAGGACUCCUACAAAGACUCGACACUCAUCAUGCAGCUGUUGAGGGACAACCUGACUCUCUGGACCUCCGAUACCCAGGGUGACGGGGAUGAGCCUCAGGAGGGCGGCGACAACUAACCAAACAACUAAGCAAAAAAUGUUUCCUUUUUGACUAUGCAAAUAUUAUUCAGUAAUACAAAAAAAACAAAACCAGAAACAACAAAGAGAAACAAAUAUUAUAAAAAAACAAAAACAAAAGCAAAAACAACAACAUCCAGCAAAAAAGCAAAAAAAAAACAACAACUAAAUUUUGAAUUGAAAAGAUAAUCCAGGCGAGCAAGCAGCAACAGCUAUAGCAUUAGCAGGAAGCGAGUGAACAUUUAUGAAAAAAAAAGAAAAACAAAUGCAGAAUUGCAUUUUGUAGCUCUCCAGUUUCCAUUUGAGGCCGAUUAUGGCUGGCAUUUGGGGGCCCAUCUCGGUCUCGAUUGUCACGGGUAGUUUUUAGCCGAUGGCUCCGAUUGCUCCGGAGCCUCAUUACUUUUUUGGAGACGUCUUUAUACAUAAAGCAAAAAAUGUAUAAUUAAUAUACAAGAGCGAUGCCAUUGCCGGUCGAGAUUGGACUCAAAUGUUAGCCAACAAAACAAAAAAAAAACUGCAACUGCUUUAGCAUAAAAACCAACAAACCAGAACAGCAGAAGAAAAUAAAAACAAAAUAUAGCAUUGCGCUUUUUUUUGGAGUCGAAUUGAAUUUGAAUCCGGAGUAGCUCGGAGUUUGGCCGGAAUUGUUAUCCGGUUCUCGAGGGGGAUAUGGACAAAAUCAUACUCCGGGGUGCUUUGUUUUUUCGUUUGGUUCGCCAUUGCGAUGCCUCUCGUGUGGAUUUCCUCCUUACAAUGCAAAAAAAAACAUAAAACAAAUAAAUAAUAUUCCUAAUUGUAUACAAAACAAAAAAAAACACAAGCUGAGAAA